AUGGCGCCUACCGAGUCCGCAAUUUUGUACAACUACCUGACUUCCCCGGCCCAGCUGCCCUCCGCCAUCACACUUGAGGAGUUCACUGAACUGUUUCCCAAGGCGCACCGCGCCAACCCGCAAAUCCGUUCUCUGUACCGUGAUUUACAGCAUCAGAGAAGAACGCUUGUCGACACGGUUACAGAGAACAUCACUACGGAGGAAAAGCGCGGGAAGGUCAUCAAGCGCGAGAUCGCCCGUGCCCGAACCCGCGCGGCAGACGAGGAUGCUGACCAGGAGCUCGAGAUUGAGAGGGCUCUUUUCGGCUCAACCGGUGUGCAAGACGCCAAGCACACGCUCAACUCUAUUAUCCCAGAGUUGGACACCGCCGUAGCCGAUCUCGAAGCAGAGAUCCAGAAGCUCGAGGCGCAAGAACAGACCUUGCUAGACUCGGUAAAGCAGACAGUUGGCAGCAUGAGUGACUUGCGCUACGGGCGUCUUUCCAACCCCAAGCUCAGGGAAGACGUCAUUCAAGGUCUCAAAAGCGUACAAGAGGCAUGCGACGGGAAAAGUUAA